AUGUUCCCAUUCUCCAUUCGUGUCGCACGGUGCGACGAUGGCACCCACUCGCCAGCUCAGGAUGGCGCAACAGACAAGACGUCUGUUGCCAGCAAGGCGAUAGAAGCAGUCAAGCAGAAAGUCACGCCCCCAGAAUCAGAGCUGAGAAGAUGGAGGAGGACGUUUGAGACACACGCGAAGUUGACUGGGACGGAUGGGCAAAAGUAUCUCGACAUUGAGAACUUUGUCAACGCUAUCGCGCCUCCGCAGGACUUGUCAAAAAUCACAAGAGGACAAUAUGCGCUCUUGUUCCGUGUCGCUGACGUUAAUCGACGGGGUCGUUUAUCGUUCGACGACUUCCACGUGUUUGAGACCCUGCUCAAACGACCAGACGCCGAUUAUUGGAUUGCCUUCCAGUACUUUGACGCCGACCGAAGUGGUGCUAUUGAUUACGACGAGUUCAAGAACGUAUUCGAGUCAUGCCUGGGUCCGGAGGCACUCCCUUUUAACUUUGACUGCGAUUGGGUGAAGUUGUACCUUGGUCGGAAAGAUGGUGCACAUGUUCUUGGAUACAACGAGUUCACCCAGUUGAUGAAGGGUCUGCAAGGCGAACGUCUUAGACAAGGUUUUGCGUAUCUCGACUCGAACAAGGAUGGCUUCAUCACGCCCGACCAGUUCAAGCGCAUCAUUCUGGAACUUGCUGGACACAAGCUUUCUGACGAAGUCAUUGAGCGUCUUCCGACCCUGACCACUUUGAACCCUGGGAAGGGUAUAAGCUAUUCCGAGGUUGUCGCUUUCUAUAAUGUCAUUCGCGACAUGGACAUGGUCGAGCGCUUCUCCAGCAUCAUUCGCGAGGCAGUCGCAAAGUCAUCCGACGGCCGUAUCGCCGCGUCUGAUUUCCUGACCGCUGCUUCUCAGUCCACCCGCUAUGCCCUCUUCUCACCUAUGGAAGCAUCCAUCAUUUUCCAUUUCGCUUCCCGUGGUGCAGCGGGUGCAUCGAACAGACUCACUCUGAUCGACUUCGCAAAGCUCCUCGAUCCUAGAUGGCAAGCACCAGUUGCGUUUAAUAGACCUGUCGAUGGCGAGGGCAGUAAGGGUAGAUGGACCAGCCUUGCCCACUUUGCGCGCGACUUCGGUCACAGCGUGUAUAACUUCGGCCUGGGCGGUAUUGCGGGCGCCUUCGGUGCGACGAUGGUGUACCCGAUUGAUUUGGUCAAGACACGCAUGCAGAACCAGCGCACGACCGUCGUCGGCGAGCUCUUGUACAAGAACUCUCUGGACUGUGUGAGGAAGGUAUACCGGAACGAGGGGUUCUUGGGUUUUUACCGUGGUCUAGGGCCCCAAUUGAUUGGUGUCGCGCCAGAAAAGGCUAUCAAGCUGACGAUGAAUGACCUCGUACGAGGGUACGCAAGUGACCCUGAGACUGGGCGGAUUAGCCUUGGCUGGGAGCUCGUCGCUGGUGGUGUGGCUGGUGCUUCACAAGUCGUCUUCACCAAUCCUCUGGAAAUUGUGAAGAUCCGUCUCCAGGUCCAGGGUGAAUUGGCCAAGUCACAGGGUGCUAAGCCUCGUGGUGCCAUACAUAUCAUCCGCUCGCUCGGUCUCUUUGGCCUGUACAAGGGUGCCUCCGCGUGCCUGCUGCGUGAUAUCCCUUUCUCUGCGAUCUACUUCCCGGCCUAUAACCACUUCAAGAAGGAUCUUUUCCGCGAAGGCUAUAACGGGAAGAAGCUGACGUUCUGGGAGACCCUCGCCGCUGCUGCUAUGGCCGGCAUGCCCGCUGCGUACUUCACCACGCCAGCGGAUGUCAUCAAGACUCGUCUCCAGGUAGAAGCGAGGAAGGGCCAGUCGACGUAUAAUGGCCUAGUUGAUGCUGGUGUCAAGAUCUUCCGUGAGGAGGGCGGCCGUGCUCUGUUCAAGGGUGGUGUUGCUCGUAUUCUUCGCUCCAGCCCUCAGUUCGGAUUUACCCUUGUCGCUUACGAAUACCUCCAAGAGUGGUUCCCUUACCCAUGGCAGGACAAGCCCCAGCGCCUCGAAACACAAUAUACGCUGGCCGCCGGAGAAGACAUCUCCCGCACCCGUGCACGUAACGCGCUCAAGAUACUGCUCGACGUCCACCACGAUAUCGGGCGCCGUGGGACGACGCCUGCUGAGCAGCGUCGCUCGAUCGUCUGA